AUGGAUGUAGUUCUCCUUGUAACUUUUUUUUUAGGAAUCGUAUUUCUUGACAAGGCUCUGUUUACUACUUUCAAUUGCACUCUUCCGGAAGCAGAACUCGAAGAGGAUCAGGAAGAUGCAUCCUUGAAAGAUUUACCUGCCUUUCAAAUAUCGCUUUCCGCCUUGCUCGAAACUCUACAGAUUUUUGGCGCAGCAGAUGCCACUUCACGAUUUUUCAAACCCGAAAAUGAAGGCUACAAUAGUAAUAUCCGUCCAAAUCGUCCAAAUGCAUUUAGCAACCAAGCUUUGGGAAUGGCCGGUGUAUGUCGUUUUUCUUAUGCCGGAACAGGAUCACCUUUUAGUAUUAUCCUUGAAGAAGCUGGGGUUACUACAACUUGUAAUCUCAACACUUAUGAACCAGAAGACAUUGAAGAAAUACCAUUCCAAAGGAAUUCGAUGCAAGUCAAAAUCAUUAUGCAAGCUCGUUGGCUUUUUGAUGCCAUUCAAGAAUUGAGUUCCACAACUCCAAAUCGACUUGAUAUUCUUGCUCUACCUUCGAAACCCUUUAUCAGCUUAUCCGCUACUGGUCAUUUGGGUAGUGCUAGUGUCGAUUUUUCUAAAGGGAGAGAGCUAUUAGAAACUUUCGCGGUCAAAGAAAGAUGGUCUCAAAGUUAUCGUUUUGAUAUGAUAAAAGCUGCUGGUGAGGCUAUGAGAUUAGCGAGUAAAGUUAGUGUAAGGGGUGAUGAGCAAGGUGUUUUGAGUUUGCAAUUUAUGGUUGAGGUAGAAGGUGGUGGUGUUAGCUUUGUUGAUUUCAGAUUUGUGCCAUUCAUUCGAGGAGAAGAUGAUGAAGAUGAGGAUAGUCAGGUGGAUGAUGGUGAUGAGUUUGAAGAAGAAGGUGAUGAUGAAUAG